AUCACUGUUCAAAAUAUGAAGAGAAUCAACGGUAAAGAACCAAACUAAUGCAAAUAUUCUUGUAUAACGAUAAAAUGAAUCAUUAACAAGUUGUAGAAAAAUAAAAGAGAAUUUUAUUGACUUGGGUAGUUUCCCAUACAUGACGGUGACCCAUAUUUUAAUUAACAUUCUUAAAAUAUAGUAAAGAUUAAUUUUUUUACAUUAUCUUGGUUUAAACAAUUAAAGACAAAAAGUUACAUAGCUAGUUGUUUCUACCUUGGCCUACUCAUGUGAACAUAAAAGCUUUAAUGGCGUGGUUUCUUUAAAAAAGUAAAUAAUCAAUAGAGCUGAUAAAAAAGAAACACAAACAAAAACAACUGGAAUCUAGUCGAUGCCAGAACAUGUAUGCGAUUAAAAAAACUUUUAUUUCAACAUCUUCAACAACUCCUUAAUUAAUUAGAUUGACGAUGAAGAAUUUAAUAUCUUAGAAGUCAAUUAUUAGUAAUUAACUAUCUCUCCCUAUUGUCAAGUGAGGUUAACAUAUAUUCAUAUUCCAUAGAGAAAUUCACCACUAGACUGUUUGAUCAUUAUAAUCCUCAAUUAGCUUGAUAGAAAGUGGGAGACAGAUAUGGAGCUCAAGAAAAUAGUCCAUCCAGGGGAGAAACAUGAUCUGAGUUAUGAAGAGGGAAUACUACCCUUGUCUCAAACAUGCAAUAAGUGCGAUCAGCCGGUGUCAAGAGACUACUACAGAUGCACAUUAUCCGUGGAAUGUGAGUAUUACCUACACAAAGAAUGCACUGAAUUGGAAGAUCUACCCAUGGAAUACCACCCUCUGCACCCACAACAUCCUUUAAUUAUCCACUCCAACUUUCCUUCUGAUAAAAGCUUCGUAUGCGGCUUCUGUGGCGAAACAAAACAAUCAAGGCAGGUUUAUCAAUGUAGUCAGAAACAGUGUGAUUUCUACCUCGACACUAGAUGUGUAAGAAGUUUUAUAAAAAAGCCGGAAUUACUUUACAAGUAUCAGAUUCAGCAUGUCUUUCAUGAUCAUGAAAACCAUCGGUUGUCUCCUUGUAUAUUUGACAUCCACGACCAAAUUUCAAUUAACUGUGCUGGAUGUCAGCGUUCCAUUUACCUGGGAACAUGGGCCUACAAAUGUACUGGAUGCCGCUUCUAUGUCCACACACAAUGUUCACAAGUCCCUAAAGAGGUCCAUCACUGUUCUCAUCCACAGCACCCUCUUGUGCUGCUUCCUCAUCAAACUUCUGAUGAUCAACAAUUAGGCUGCUUGAGAUGUCGAGCUUCAAUCAACGAUGAAUUCUACCUCCAAUGUACACAAUGUCCUACUAUCGCUCUCGACCUUAAAUGCUAUUUUAAUAUUAGGCCUACUCUGAAAUACGAAGCUCACGAGCAUCCUCUUGUAUAUUGUUUCCGCACAUAUGAUGCUGAACUUAGCUGCUAUGUCUGUCAUACUCCUUGCGACCGCGACUCAUUUCGUUGCUUCGCCUGCAAUUUUACUAUACAUUCUGAUUGCCUUGCCCUGCCAUAUACUGUUGAACAUGAUGACCAUGUGCAUCCCCUAACUCUUACCGGUUCAUUUAAACAAGAUGGUAAUCCAACUACAUAUUACUGUGAUAUUUGUGAGAAAAGAAGAAAUCUUGAUCAAGGCAUUUAUUUAUGUAAAGAAUGUUCCUUCAUCGCUCACUUUGAAUGUGCUCUCUCUCUGAGCACCGCACAGGAGGAGAAAUAUGCAUAUGAACCCUGGCGUCAAAAGCUAGAAGAUGAGGAGCAAGAAGAUAUGACAUUAACCAAUGAAAACCUCUGUCUAGAUAUCCUGGAUGAAUUGAAUGAGGAGCUUCAGAGUGUCAAUGAUGUGGUAGAACAACUAAUCAUCACAAAAAGAAGAGGAGAACAGCUGACAAAAAAGCUUCAGGAAUUCGACGAGAAGCAUGCAAACGCUGAAGAUUUACUAAGACGAUUGAAGCAAAGUGUUAGAGGAACUAAUUCUAAUUAAAUAUAUGAAUGCCAAGGCAAUAAGCUGUAUUCCCCUUCCUCAUGUUGUUGAAUUUGCUAAAGAAACAAUGAGGCUAUUCCUGUGGUAAUAAUCCUCUGUUUUCCUACUAUCACCCCUUCUCAUCAUAAACAGAGAAGAGAGUUCGCAACAAUAUUGUUUACCGAUUUAAUCUGUUAUUUAUUCAGUAAUUUGAAAUUAUCAAACAGAAUGUUAAGUUUA